AUGUCCAACGACAAGUAUUCCACUCCAUUGUCUUCCAGAUAUGCCUCCGAGGAGAUGUCUAGCAUCUUCUCGUUGAGAAAUAGAUUUUCAACUUGGAGAAAAUUAUGGCUCAAUCUUGCUAUUGCUGAGAAGCAGGUUGGUUUGGAUGUCAUUUCCGAUGAAGCCAUCACUCAAAUGAAAAACCAUUUAACUAUUACUGACGAGGAGAUCGAGGCAGCUGCAAAGGAAGAAGCUAUUGUUAGACACGAUGUUAUGGCUCAUGUUCAUGUCUUUGGAAAUACAUGUCCUGAGGCUGCAAAAAUUAUUCAUUUGGGUGCUACUUCUUGUUACGUCACUGACAAUGCUGAUUUGAUCUUUUUGAGAGAUGCUUAUGAUGUUUUGAUUCCUAAAUUGGUCAACGUUAUCGACAGAUUGUCCAAGUUUGCUAUGGAAUACAAGGAUUUGCCAGUCUUGGGAUGGACCCAUUUCCAACCAGCUCAACUUACCACAGUGGGUAAGCGUGCAACUUUGUGGAUUCAAGAGUUGUUGUGGGACUUGAGAAACAUGGUGAGAGCCAGAAACGAUAUUGGUUUGAGAGGUGUCAAGGGUACCACCGGAACGCAAGCUUCGUUCCUUUCUUUAUUCCACGGUGACCACGACAAAGUUGAACUUUUGGACGAGACUGUAGUCAAGUUGUUGGGAUUCGAACAUGUGUACCCUGUUACCGGACAAACAUACUCGAGAAAAAUUGACAUUGAUGUCUUGUCCCCAUUGGCUUCUCUCGGAGCCACCACCCACAAGUUUGGUACUGAUAUCAGAUUGCUUGCCAAUUUGAAGGAAGUGGAAGAACCUUUUGAAAAAUCGCAAAUCGGUUCUUCUGCCAUGGCUUACAAGAGAAAUCCUAUGCGUUGUGAAAGAGUUUGUUCCCUUUCCAGACACUUGGGAGGUUUGCUCAACGAUGCUAUCCAAACUGCCUCAGUGCAAUGGUUUGAGAGAACCUUGGACGACUCUGCUAUUAGAAGAAUCUCGAUUCCAUCGGCAUUCUUGACCGCCGACAUCUUGUUGUCCACAAUGAUUAACAUCACCAGUGGCCUUGUCGUAUACCCAAAGGUGAUCGAAAGAAGAAUUGCUGCCGAAUUGCCCUUCAUGGCUACUGAAAACAUCAUCAUGGCAAUGGUGGAAAAAGGCGCUUCGAGACAAGACUGUCACGAAGAAAUUAGAGUGUUAUCUCACCAAGCUAGUGCCGUUGUCAAGCAAGAGGGAGGAGACAACGAUUUGAUCGAGAGAGUCAAGAACACCGAGUACUUUAAGCCAAUUUGGGGUGAACUCGACAACUUGUUGGAUCCAUCUACUUUUGUUGGUCGCGCACCUCAGCAAACAGAAAAGUUUGUGAAGAACGAUGUGGCCAAGGCGUUGGAACCUUUUAAGAAGCACAUCACCACCGAAUCGGUUUCUUUGAGCGUUUAG